UCGAGCCACACUUUACUCAUCUUCUCGCCGGCUCACUCGCGCUUGAUCAAAGUUUGACACACUUGCACUCACCUCUUCUUGAUGUCCGGUGAGACAACAACAAAGGCGCCGGCAAUUUUCCUUUCCACGCUCUUUUUCUGGUGCCAACAACUCAACACCUGCUUGUCUCUUGUCUGGAAGGAAAAUUUGUGAUUAAGGACAUCCCAGUGCACAGUUAGAUCCUGCUCAUUCCUAAAAGUCACCAACAUGACUGGGAGCCCUCAAGCCGCCGGCCCAUUGGAUACCUCGGUGCAUUUGCCAAACGACACGGUGCAACCAGGUCACAACCAACCUGGAAGCAACAGUACCAGGAAAUUCAUGAAUGAGCUGCACAAAAUCCACAUGCCGUCAUGGGCCGUUGCUGCGCUUUGCAUUGUGUCGCUGUGUGUGCUGCUGUCCUGCGCAGUGUGUUUCUGGAAGAAAUGCCUGAAAAAAGACAAAGACAACAAGGACAAAGAAAAGGACAAGAAAAAAGGGAAAGAAAAAAGCAAAGGAGGCUCUGACACAGAAAUGGAUGGAGGGUAUAAAGAGCCAGUGAAAAGUCAAAGUCAAAAAGAAACAGACCUCUCAGAUAAUGAGCCAAAAGAGGAUGAAAAACUGGGCCGAUUGCAUUUCACAUUGGACUACAACUUCACAGAUAAUACGUUGGUAGUUGGCAUCUUGCAAGCAGCUGAGCUUCCGGCCAUGGAUGUCGGAGGAAGUUCAGAUCCUUAUGUAAAACUCUAUUUGCUCCCGGACAAGAAAAAAAAGUUUGAGACCAAAGUCCACAGAAAGACCCUGGCGCCCAACUUCAAUGAGACCUUCACCUUUAAGGUAGCGUACACUGAGUUAGGCGGGAAGACCCUUGUGAUGACCGUUUACGACUUUGACCGCUUCUCCAAACACGAUGCAAUCGGAGCAGUGAAGAUUCCUAUGAGUAGUGUGGACUUCAGCCAGUCCCUGCAGCAGUGGAGGGAUCUGCAGAAGGCCGAGAAGGAAGAGAGUGAGAAGCUAGGAGACAUUUGUUUGUCCUUGAGGUACGUGCCAACUGCAGGGAAGCUGACAGUGGUGAUUUUAGAGGCCAAAAACCUGAAGAAAAUGGACGUGGGUGGAUUAUCAGAUCCAUAUGUGAAGAUUCAUUUAAUGCAAAAUGGAAAAAGGCUGAAGAAAAAGAAAACAACUAUUAAGAAGAACACCCUGAACCCGUACUACAACGAGUCCUUCAGCUUUGAAGUACCAUGUGAACAGAUUGAAAAAGUGCAGAUUGCAGUGACUGUGUUGGACUAUGACAAGAUUGGGAAAAACGACGCCAUUGGAAAGGUUGUGCUGGGCGGCAACAUUACUGGGACGGAGCAACGCCAUUGGUCGGACAUGCUGGCCAACCCGCGCCGACCCAUUGCUCAGUGGCACAGCCUUCAACUGGAGGAGGACGUCAAUACUAUGAUGUCUAACAAGAAGUGAAACAUCAACUUGACGUCACUGUGUAAACAACAUUGCGCCAGUUAUCUUAACUACCUCCGCUAUUCCAACCCCAUACCCCAAUGUGCAAAAUAAAACAAAACUACAGAAUAAUUUGCACUUUCCGUCAACAGCAUCCAGAUACCGGAAAUGGCCGUUAAGUUAUAUCCGUCAAUAGUUAUCCACAUCUGCUUUUCCUGCUUUAAAAUGUGCAUAUAUGUGAACAGCGCUAAUAAACAUGAAUGACUUCUUACAAUGCCUUUUAUUCCAUCUGUGAGCAAAAUGACCGACCACCCUGUAGAGGGAGACAAAGCACAAACAAACUGAAGGGUGAAAAUAGCUUU